GUCGUGCAUCUUACUCAGAUCCACGAUCUAUCGACCUCCCGCUCUCCGUCCUCUCAGCCACCACCGAGCGUAGCGUCGCCCAGUGUUUGAGCCAUCAACAUGCCGCUCAGAGUCGGUUACAUUCGGGAACACUUCUCCUCGCCGUUGCUGCAGUACGCCGAAGCAGACGGUGGCAAGACCUUCACUCUUGUAGAAUGCCCAAGCGGGACUGGUCAAAUCAUCACACGCUUGACGAACGACGAGAUUGACGUCGCUGUUGCGUUGACUGACCCUCUGAUUUCUGGCAUAGCCAGAGGCUCAGAGCACUACAAACUCGUAGGCAGCUAUGUCACGACACCCUUGAACUGGGCUGUCAUCACCGGGAAGGACACCCAGUACAAGGAAAUCUCGGAUCUGCAGAAAACGACUAUCGGCAUCUCGAGAUACGGCAGCGGCAGCCAGACUAUGGCGUACGUCAUGGCCCUGCAGCAGGGCUGGCCAACGGACAAGAUGCAGUUCCAAGUGAACAACGACAUCCGCGGCCUGAUCCACUCGGUGAACGACGGGACGACGAGCGCAUUCAUGUGGGAGUGGUUCACCACCAAGCCCUUCGUCGACGCGGGCGAGGCGCAAUUCAUCGGAUCCGUGCCGACCCCAUGGCCCUCCUGGCUGAUCGCCGCGCACCCGACGCGAGCCUCGCCAGAAGCGCUGCGCACGUUCCUCGACACCCUGACCACCUACGUACGCACGUUCGACGACCCCGCCCAGCGUGCGGCUGCGGACGUGGAGUACAUCAAGGACAAAUUCGGGUACCCGGAGGACGAUGUCAAGGCUUGGCUGCAGACCGUAGCGUGGACGCACGACUGCAGUAGCAUCCCGACGAAAGUGAUCGCCGACACCCUGGACGUACUCACCAAGGCAGGCUUCAUCAACAGCCCCAGCAGCAGUGGGUUCGACGUCGGGCGCUUCGUCAACGGCGACGUAGCGAAGCUUGUGUAACUGUGCUCGUCCGCAAGGCGAGGAAGAGUAAGAAUAUGUAGACUUUACUAUGUAUUACAGCAGGGAAACAGUAUGAGUAUGUACCACCGAGGCUUGUAUCCCUAAGCAAGGUCGUGGUAGAAAUAUGUGACAGA